UAAUCGCACCAAGGCUAGCGGUUAGCUAGCGGUUAGCCGGCCACCAAGCUACACUGACAGCUUGAGUGAAUUAGCGCAAACUGGAACAUCGGCGCGGACCUGGGUCUCUCUAGUGUUGUUUUCGAAACUGAGCCGUCCCACAUUUUGGAGUUAAGUCUUGGGAGGAGCCACGUGUACAGGAACUGGAGCCUGACAGCUUUCACUGACUGUAUCCACCGCAGGCAAUCAUGGCUGUUUGGAGGAAACUGUGGAGCAGAAACCUCAUGGCUGCGUCUCUGCUUGUCUGUAUCCUGCUCCACACCAUGGAUGUGCAUGCACGGCCAGCCAACAUGUCAGCCUCUAAAGACAAGCUUCCAGCCAGCAAGGAUGAGAAUGAGAUUCUUCCUCCAGACCACCUGAACGGGGUGAAGAUGGAGAUGGACGGCCACCUCAACAAGGACUUCCAUCAGGAAGUUUUCCUGGGGAAAGAGAUGGAGGAGUUUGACGAGGACUCAGAGCCCAGGAGGAACAGGAAGAAGCUUAUUGACAUUUUCACCAAAGUAGAUUUCAACAAGGACAGGAGCGUCAGCGCCAAGGAGAUGCAGCGCUGGAUCAUGGAGAAGACGGAGGAGCACUUUCAGGAGGCCAUGAAGGAGAACAAGAACAGUUUCCGCGCUGUUGACCCAGACGGCGACGGUCAUGUGACAUGGGAUGAAUACAGAGUCAAAUUUCUGGCCAGCAAAGGUUUCAAUGAAAAAGAAAUUGCUGAGAAAAUAAAGAAUAAUGAAGAUCUGAAACUGGAUGAGGAAACUCAGGAGGUUUUGGAAAGUCUGAAGGACCGCUGGUUUCAGGCUGACAACCCUCCAGCUGACCAGCUGCUGAAUGAGCAGGAGUUCCUAUCUUUCCUCCACCCCGAGCACAGCAGAGGCAUGCUCAAAUACAUGGUCAAGGAGAUCGUCCGGGACUUGGACCAGGAUGGCGAUAAGAAACUCACCCUGUCCGAGUUCAUCUCUUUACCCGUGGGCACCGUGGAGAACCAGCAGGCUCAGGACAUCGAUGACGACUGGGUUCGAGAGAGGAAGAAGGAGUUUGAGGAAGUCAUCGAUUCAGACCGUGAUGGCAUCGUAACUAUGGAGGAACUGGAGGAGUACAUGGACCCGAUGAACGAGCACAACGCUUUGAACGAGGCCAAGCAGAUGAUUGCCGUCGCAGACGAGAAUCAGAAUCAUAAUUUGGAGCUGGACGAGAUUCUCAAGUAUAGCGAGUACUUCACAGGCAGCAAGCUCAUGGAUUACGCCAGAAACGUCCACGAGGAGUUCUGAGGAGAAAUCCAUCCUCCUCUGUCUGCUCAGAAAGGCAGGGCGGUAUCCUACAUCUGCUUCAGGGACGAGCCGGUAGAGAGGGGCAACCUAAUGAUAGGAUGUUUCUAUUGUGCAAUUCUGUGUUUAAAGCCUAGCCUCAACGGCCUCUUUCACUGCUGACUCCAGUGAACACACCCUUCCCUCAACCCUGGACUGUCUGCCAAACAUCAGAGGUAACGUGGUCUGCCUUCUGUGUGCCAUUGGGACUUUUUGACCUUUUAAAUGUUGAGGCAUUGCACCAACUCCAAAUUUCUUUGUGUUAUAUUGUGAAAUGUGUGUAUAUGAGGAAUUUUAACCCUGAGUAGACUCCCUGGGCCAGUGGUGAGAGAGACUGCGCAGCUAGGCCAGCUAUUUGUGCUGCAGGAUCAUGUUGUUUUUAGCUGGCGUGUCUGUAUACAGUGUAAAUAUUCAUCAUCGCAUACUAAUGCAAAAAAAGUUGAAAAAAUGAAUGUAAUGCUGCUGAAAGGAACAACUCUUCUAGAGAUAUAUCAUUAUAUAAAUGAUGAAACACUAACUAUCUGCUAGCACUGCAUUGCCCAAAUUGUAAAGGUGAUUUUUGUCAGUCGUGGUGUACAAUUUCACUGGUGGGUAUCCGUCCAUCUACAGUACUUAAAAACAGGGUAUUGGGUGUGUAAAAAUAGAAGUAAUAGUAAUAAAUAAAAUUAAAAAAACGCCUCAAUGACAUACAGUAAUCCUACUUAGCACAGACAUUCAUUAACAAUUUAUUGUCAGAGUAAUGAAAAGUUCAAAUGGAGGAAAAUAGAUUAAUAUAUAAGAACAAUGCCUGUCUUUUUCACAGCAGAUGUUUGGGCUGAUUGAAGGAAAAGCAUAAGUGCAGCACAGCAACAGUAAGAAGCACAAGAUAACGUUAACGAUGUCUCCAAAAGGGAAGCUUUAGUUUCACCUGUGUGUGUCAGGUCAGAGUGUCUCCUGUGGUAAAGGCUUGUUGUGUUGUUCUUUGCUAAAUACAAUCUAAUUCAGUUGUUGAGAUGUGGAUGAAGAUGAAUUCAUGUAUUUGACCAGUUUGAUCUUUGAACAUCUCACAGGUUUGUUUGUUUUUCUUUUUGCUCUGUGUCAGUGCAGACUGGUCAUAGUGUCUUUGUUUUGGUUCACUCCUCUCCUUUACCGUUUCGAAUGCUCUCAGUUAAACCAUACAAUUCCACUCGUGCCAUGUUUUUAAAUGCAUGAACAAAUAGUGGAAUUACAUUCUUCGCCUCUGUUGAGAUUUUCAAUAACCUGUGGAAGCGUUUGGAUCCUGCGACAGUCUCCUCAGUCCUGUGUGGAUUGUAAAAUAUGUUUAUGAUAACAGAAUGUGACACAGCUUUAUAAAACGUACUGCAGACAUACUGAUAAACAAUAAAUAUUUCUUAUCAAGUAAAGAGCA